GUGGUCUGGGAAUGGCUGAACGAGCACGGCCGCUGGCGGCCCUACAGCCCGGCCGUGAGCCACCACAUCGAGGCGGUGGUGCGCGCCGGGCCGCGCGCGGGGGGCAGCGUGGUGCUGGGCCAGGUGGACAGCCGACUGGCGCCCUACAUCAUCGACCUGCAGUCCAUGAACCAGUUCCGCCAGGACACGGGGACCCUCCGUCCAGUUCGUCGCAACUACUACGACCCGUCCUCAGCCCCCGGGAAGGGUGUGGUGUGGGAGUGGGAGAACGACAAUGGUUCCUGGACGCCUUACGACAUGGAAGUGGGCAUCACCAUCCAACACGCCUAUGAGAAGCAGCACCCCUGGAUCGACCUCACCUCCAUCGGCUUCAGCUACGUCAUUGACUUCAACACCAUGGGCCAGAUCAACCGGCAGACCCAGCGCCAGCGCCGUGUCCGGCGACGCCUUGACCUCGUCUACCCUAUGGUCACCGGAACCUUGCCCAAGGCCCAGUCCUGGCCAGCCAACCCCAGCCCGGCCACCUCGGCCCCUUCCCCACCUUGUUCCUGCCCACAGUGCGUCCUGGUGAUGAGCGUUAAGGCGGCUGUGGUCAACGGAAGCACUGGGCCCCUGCAGCCCCCAGCAGCCCGCAAGAACAUGCCCCCGACUGGAGUGGUCAAGCUGCCCCCACCGCCAGGCCCAGGAGCCAAACCACUGGAUGGCAUCGGCACCAUGCGGGCUCCCAUGAAAACUGUCCCGUCCCAGGCCAGCCGGCGACAGCCCUCCAGCACACCAGCUGGGGCAAUGGCAGCCUGUCCUGCCAGCCCCCCAGGAGCCAACAGCAAGACUGGAAGGAUGGCCCUGGCAACCUUGAACCGUACCAACCUGCAGCGACUGGCCAUCGCCCAGUCCCGGGUCCUGAUCGCCUCUGGGGUUCCCACUGUCCCGGUGAAGAACUUGAACGGGUCCAGUCCUGUCAACCCCGCCUUGGCAGGAAUUACUGGGAUCCUGAUGAGCGCGGCGGGGCUGCCAGUGUGUCUCACCAGGCCACCGAAGCUGGUCCUUCAUCCACCCCCUGUCAGCAAGAGUGAAAUAAAAUCCAUCCCGGGCGUUUCCAACACAAGCCGCAAGACCACCAAAAAGCAGGCCAAGAAAGGGAAAACUCCAGAGGAAGUGCUGAAGAAGUAUCUGCAGAAAGUCCGGCACCCUCCAGAUGAGGACUGCACCAUCUGUAUGGAGCGCCUCACGGCUCCCUCGGGCUACAAGGGCCCGCAGCCGACGGUCAAGCCUGACCUGGUGGGCAAGCUGUCCAGAUGUGGUCACAUCUACCACAUCUACUGCCUAGUUGCCAUGUACAACAAUGGGAACAAGGAUGGGAGUUUGCAGUGUCCGACCUGUAAGACCAUUUAUGGAGUGAAGACAGGCACUCAGCCCCCGGGGAAGAUGGAAUACCACCUCAUUCCCCACUCGCUGCCGGGCCAUCCGGACUGCAAAACCAUCCGCAUCAUCUACAGCAUCCCGCCCGGCAUUCAGGGUCCAGAACACCCGAAUCCUGGAAAGAGCUUCAGUGCCCGCGGCUUCCCACGACACUGUUACCUUCCAGAUAGUGAAAAAGGAAGAAAGGUCCUGAAGUUGCUGCUGGUGGCCUGGGACCGCCGUCUCAUCUUUGCUAUUGGUACCUCGAGCACCACGGGCGAGUCUGACACAGUCAUCUGGAACGAGGUCCACCACAAGACAGAGUUUGGUUCUAAUCUCACUGGCCAUGGCUACCCAGAUGCCAAUUACCUGGAUAAUGUCUUGUCUGAACUGGCUGCCCAGGGCAUCUCUGAAGACAGCGCUGCCCAGGAAAAGGACUGA